GGCGGUCCCUCACCGGCGUAUCCUUGAUUGGUCCGGAGCUCAGCACUGCUCUUCAUCUUUGGUGAGGUCGGCUAAUACAGAAGCUGUUGUAUGUGCCUUACCAACGCUGCCCCCCCCCCACACCACAUGAUGAUGACACUUGCACAGACAAAGGAACUCUUCCGGAGAGCAGAAGCUGUCUGUUUUGACGUGGACAGCACAGUCAUCAAAGAGGAAGGCAUUGAUGAACUUGCCAAAUUUUGUGGUGUGGGGGAUGCAGUCACUGAAAUGACUCGUAAAGCUAUGGGCGGCUCAGUGACUUUUAAAACGGCCCUGACAGAGCGUCUGUCCAUCGUCCGAUGUUCAAGAGAACAAGUAAACAAACUGAUAACAGAUCACCCACCUCAGCUGACUCCAGGUAUCAGGGAGCUUGUGGACCGUCUGCACCAGCGCAGUGUUAAGGUGUUCCUCAUUUCAGGUGGCUUUCGCUGUAUUGUUGAACAUGUAGCCACUCAGCUAAACAUCCCUCUGCAUCACGUCUAUGCCAACCGGCUCAAGUUCUACUUCAACGGAGAGUAUGCUGGUUUUGAUGAGAGUCAGCCCACAGCUGAGAGCGGUGGAAAGGGAAAGGUAAUCAGCCUGUUGAAAGAACAAUAUGGCUUCAAGACUGUGGUGAUGAUUGGUGAUGGAGCCACUGACCUAGAGGCCUGUCCCCCUGCUAGUGCUUUCAUUGGAUUUGGUGGGAACGUUGUCAGACCGCAGGUUAAGGAGAGGUGUUCGUGGUACGUGAUGAGUUUUGGGGAGUUGCUAAAAGAACUGGAGAAGAUUUAAGGUUGCUAAAAGAGCACUGUUAUUAAUUGUAACACCUUCUAUUUGCACCUGAGGAUGUGUCUCUGGUUUUAUCAUGUACACUUUCCUUAGACUAUUCAUAGAUUUUUAUAAUAAAUAAAAAAGGUUUACACUAUUGAGACAGAUUUUAUCUCCAUUAGGAUGCUGCCCUGCUGCUUUUUAUACUAAAAGGAAUACCAACAGUAUGUGGAAGUAAAGAAAGAUCUUGGUUUUUGCAUCAAACCUUUAGCUAAGUUAAUACAACUCCUAAAUAUUAUGGCAUGUGCAAUGAGCAAUAGAAGUGUUUUAAUUGUGUGUAGGUGCUAUGAGCUGUAACCAGACAUGUCACUGAAUGUGGUGACAUAUGUCCUGUGAAAGCACACCAGCAUUAAACAUAUAAGAACACACUGUCAAAGAUGUUGUUUGAACUUCUUUAAUCUGUUGGUGCUCUGCCCUCCACUGUACAAUGUUCCCUAUGAAGUCAUGAACAAAAAGACAAGAUAAACAUGUUUCCUUUAAUAAUAAAAUCUGUUAUUACAGUGUGUAGCAGCAUGACUUCCCACUUCGCUCAGCCACUGCUGGUUAUGCCUUAUUAAAUUGUGCUAGAUAAAAGCAAAUUUUAAAAAUCAGGCACACCAUCUUCACAGAGGAAAAAGGAGGGGCCACUGUUACAAGCACAGCACCAUGAAACAUCUACAUGACAGGAAAUAUUCUAUCUGCAAAAAAGGUUUUAUUAAUACACAUCAAAUAAAGUUCAAAUCAUACGUUUGGUAUAUUUGUUUCUCAUGAUUUGCAGGAGAAAGUGUUCAUGAAUAGACGGAGGCUUUCUCUCAGCUAUGGCAUGGAUUACGUCAAAGUGGUAUUUUGUCUGCACACUUGAAACAUCUAUGUAUUCCAAAAGUAUAUUAAAUAAAUAUGUACUCACUGCCACAGCAGCGCUACAUCUGUUCUCACACACCAUACAGCUGCUCGUUUUUUUUUUUUUCUUCCCCAAGUAACUUUGGUUGGUUCUUAACUUAGACAAUGUUUCAUACAACGGUUUUAAUGUG